AUGUCUGCUCCUGUCAUCACAGAGUUGGACAUGCUUACACUCAAACAUCAGCAAAACGCCGGGCAAUUUCCUUGCAAAACCCAUGAAGUUAAUGACGAAUCUCAUGAAGAGAAGAAAUUACUUCAGAACCCUUCACAAUGGAGACCAUCAUUCCAUGUCACAGCACCAGCAGGAUGGAUGAAUGACCCUUCUGGAUUGGGAUUUGACCCAGAAACAGGGUUAUAUCAUUUGAGUUUUCAAUGGAACCCGCAUGGGAAUGAUUGGGGCAAUAUGUCCUGGGGCCAUGCUACAUCCCUAGACCUGGUGUCAUGGAAGACAUCCACCGAUCCCAUCUUGGCACCCUCUGCUGAAUAUGAUCGCCUCGGCGUCUUUACGGGAUGUCUACAGCCAACCGAUAUCUCCGGACAGCCGGGAGCCCUCACAAUCAUAUACACCUCCGUGAGACAUCUCCCGAUUCAUUAUACCCUACCAUACACAGUCGGAAGUGAGACUCUCAGUUUAGCUGUCUCGCAAGACGGAGGCGAGACUUGGGAACGCCAGGACUGCAACCCGGUCCUCACUGGCCCGCCUUCACAUCUUAACGUCACGGGCUGGAGAGAUCCCUGGCUCACAACUUGGGCUAAUGGACCUUUUUUCAAACACACACCGUCAACACUAUAUGGCUUUAUAUCAGGAGGGAUUUGCAAGAAAAGCCCAACAGUCUUUGUCUAUACUGUACAAGCAACGGAUCUCACCAAGUGGGAUUUCAUUGGCCCAUUGAUCGACGUCGGUCUCAAUCUACGACCAUCUCGCUGGUCUGGCGACUACGGUGUGAACUGGGAAGUUGUUAACCUGAUGACACUGACCAAUGACACUGGCACGUCUCGGGACUUCAUCAUCAUGGGAGCUGAGGGUUGUGUGCCGCCGGAUGAUUCGAACCAAGACGGGAUUCAAGAAGCACGUCGGAGACGAGUAGCCCGAGCUCAGCUCUGGAUGUCUAUCAAAUCUAACGGAGAAAAGAAAUCUACCUCCAUAGAUAGUCCCCUAGCCUCAUAUGGAUUCUCUGGUAUCUUCGAUCACGGUUGCUACUAUGCAGCCAACUCGUUCUACGACCCUCAAACCUCGCAACAUAUCGUCUAUGGCUGGAUCACGGAAGAAGAUCUGUCUGAUUCUCUGCGUCAUCGCCAAGGAUUCAGCGGUUUGGUUUCACUUCCUCGUGUGGUGGGAUUGAUGACAUUGAAAAAUGUUAAGAAGGCACGAAUCUCGCAGUUGAGUUCAAUUACUUCAAUCGAUGCAGUCCCCGAUGCACCUGGUAUCGGUACCUCCACGAUCCAUACCAUGAAGAUCAGCCCAGAUAGCCGACUUACUCGGCUGAGACAAAACGCUCGGGAGAGUCAGUUCGCUGGCGUUGCCUUGUCCACAUCACCUUCACAAGGUCCUGUGAUAUUGAGAACAUCUAAAUGGGAAAUCGACGCCGAAUUUUCCGUUAGCAAAUCGUGUGCUCGUGUGGGUAUCAAGAUUCCACACACUUCUGAUGGUCAAGUCUGCACGACUCUUUCCUGGAAUCCACGAAGUGAGACCUUCGAAAUCCACCGGCCUCUGAUUGAUAACGCCGAAGUAAACCACGGCUAUGAAACCGCUCCGCACACACUAUUUACAUUCUUGAACGAGCGUGGCGAAGAGGUUGAAGAAACGCUUCGAGUACACGCCUUCUUAGACUCUAGUGUGUUAGAAGUGUUUGCCAACAACAGAACGGUCAUAUCUACACGAAUCUACCACCCAGGAGAUCGUUGCUUCGGACCACUAUUCUUCGCAGAGUCGGAUGCUGAAGCGGAUGAUGAACAGCCAGCUGCAGUUCUCGUGCAAGCUUCUAUCUGGGAUGGUCUUGGAGUAUGA